AUGGCGCCCCGCGGUCGUGGAGGAAAGUUCUCUAAGCCCUCUCGUGGAGGAGGCAAGCACUUUAGCAGGGAUCUUGCUGGAACCGACAAGGAAGGAAACCAGAUGGGCAUGUGGCGGGAACCUCAAGACCAAAUCGAAUCGUCCGGGGAUGAAGAUUCAUCCGAUGAGGACAGCUCCGAGGAAUCCAGCGAGGAUGAGUCCAAGCCCACAGAGUCAUCGACAGCAGCAGGCACGCGUGAGGAGCGUCGCGCCGCCGCGAAGGCCAAGAAGGCCGCCGCCAUGAAGAAGCGCAACCAGGGCCCCGCCCAACCGGGCGAUCUGCCCCCCUCCGACUCGGAGGAAUCUGACGAUGGCUUGCCCGCCAAUCCCAACCACACGGCCAAGUCCCGCUCCCAGACUCAGAAACCCGCGGCGGGGUCUGAUUCUGAGCCCCAGUCCGCCCCGGCAGCCAAGAAGCCGGCGGCCAAAAAGGAUCUGUCUCAGCUAUCCCGUCGGGAGCGGGAAGCUGUGCAGGCACAGCAGGCCCGUGAGCGCUACCAAAAAUUACAUGCCGAGGGCAAGACCGACGAGGCCAAGUCCGAUCUCGCUCGUCUGGCCGUGAUUCGGGAGCAGCGUGAGGCAGAACGCCAGCGCAAGCUGGCCGAGAAGGAGGAGAAGGAUGAACAAGCCAAGGAGCGUGCCGAAAUUGCCUUGGAGCGCGAGAGGAAGAUGCGUCUUGCCGCGGCUGGAAAGCUCUCUAAGAAGGCUGGCGGUAAGAAGAAAUAA